AUGAAAAAAGUUUUUGACGCCGAAAAAUCAGAAUUAGUCAUCAAAGCCGAAGUUGACGGCGCUCAGUGGGUGACCGCUCAAAAGAGUAGCUUUGAAAAAAUGCGCAACUCGCUUUUGGUCAAAGGUUUUCGCAAAGGCCAAGUGCCCGAAGCAAUCGCUAAACAACACAUUAGCAAGCGGGAAAUUAAAGCCAAAGCGAUUGACAAAAUACUUGAUGAUCUAGUCAAAAAAGCGCAGGAAUUAAUCUCUCCCGACGAUAAAGUGCUCGAUCAACCGGUGCCUAAAAUCGCCAAAAUUAGCGACCAGGAACUGACGAUUGAACUGCGUUACGCUGUUUACCCAAAAAUCAAUUUGGCCAAUUACAAAAACUUGGGAGUUAAAUACCAAGAGACUUCGGUUCAAGAAAGUCAAAUCGAAAAAGAGCUGGAAAACUUGCGCGAGAAACACGCUCUGUUAGUUCCCUACGAAGGAAAAAUCGAAAAAGGUCACCUAGUCAAAUUUGAUUUUGAAGGCCUUGUCGAAGGCAAGCCGUUUGAAAACGGCCAGGCUAAAGACUACGUUUUAGAAAUCGGAUCCCAAAAAUUUAUCCCUGGCUUUGAAGACCAAAUGAUCGGGUUAAGCAAGGGGCAAGAAAGCGAAAUCAAGGUUAACUUUCCCAGCGAUUACAACGUUAAAUCUUUGCAAGGUAAACCGGCGGUUUUCAAAAUAAAGAUCCACGAAAUUAAAGUUAAGCAGCUGCCUGAUAUAGACGAUAAAUUGGCCCAAGAAGUCGGUUUGAAAAACGUCAAUAAUCUCAAGGAGUUGCGCCAACACAUCCGCGAAAUGUUUGUUGAACAAAGCGCCAUCCAAAGCCGCAACAAAUUUAUUCAGGCGGUUUNCCCCGCCGUUAGUGUUGGCCGGAAACCAAGCGUUACGCUGGCUAGUAAAAUCACGGAACCACUGGUUAAAAGCGUCCCAAGUUUUGGGACCAACCGCGAACCACCCCACGUUAGUUUGGUAAUAGCCCGAAGAAGCCGAAACAAACAAGAUUGA